CGCUGUCCAUUGUAGAGACUUUUUCUUCUCUUCCGGUUAGACAUGGCGGCCUCCAUGGUGCGGCAAGUGCUGAAGGAUUUACCCUCAAAGUCAUUCCUCCUGGGGAGAAAUAAGGGUGCCCAGGUGACCACGAGAAGAUGGCUGAACCUACAGGAAUACCAGAGCAAAAAGCUGAUGGCGGAUAAUGGUGUCACGGUGCAGAGAUUCUUUGUUGCCGACAAUGCCACAGAAGCCCUUGAAGCAGCUAAAAAACUAAAGGCAAGAGAAAUUGUUUUAAAAGCCCAGAUCUUGGCUGGAGGAAGAGGAAAAGGAGUGUUUGACAGCGGACUGAAAGGUGGAGUCCAUCUAACUACUGACCCUAACAAGGUGGAAGUUCUCACAAAGCAGAUGAUUGGAUACAAUCUUACAACCAAACAAACUGCUCAAGGUGGUGUCAAAGUUAAUAAGGUUAUGGUGGCAGAGGCUCUGGAUAUCGCAAGAGAGACAUAUUUUGCAAUUUUAAUGGACCGUGCGUGCAAUGGACCCGUGUUAGUCGGCAGCCCCCAAGGAGGUGUGGACAUCGAAGAAGUUGCAGAGAAAACCCCUGAACUGAUUUUUAAGGAAGAAAUAGAUAUAUUUGAGGGGAUGAAGGACAGCCAGGCAUUACGGAUGGCGGACAAUUUAGGAUUCAAAGGACCUCUGCAGCAACAGGCCGCAGAUCAGAUUAAGAAGCUGUACAAGCUUUUCCUGAAAGUCGAUGCUACUCAGGUUGAAGUGAACCCCUUCGGUGAAACUCCGGAAGGACAAGUUGUGUGCUUUGAUGCAAAAAUUAACUUUGACGACAAUGCCGAAUUCAGACAAAAGGCGAUUUUUGCGCUGGAUGAUACAUCGGAAACCGAUCCCAUAGAGAGCGAGGCUGCAAAGUACGACUUGAAGUACAUCGGCAUGGAAGGGAACAUUGCUUGCUUUGUUAACGGUGCAGGUCUAGCCAUGGCCACAUGUGACAUCAUUGAACUGUAUGGGGGAUCGCCAGCAAACUUCCUCGAUCUUGGAGGCGGGGUAAAAGAGUCCCAGGUCUAUCAGGCCUUCAAGCUGCUUACUGCAGACCCCAAGGUUGAAGCAAUCCUCGUUAAUAUUUUUGGCGGAAUAGUAAAUUGUGCUAUUAUAGCUAAUGGCAUAACGAAGGCUUGCCGAGAGCUGGAACUUAAGGUGCCACUGGUGGUCCGGCUUGAAGGGACAAAUGUCAACGAGGCGAAACGAAUCCUGAGUGAGAGCGGCCUGCCCAUCACCUCUGCCAGUGACCUGGAUGAUGCUGCCAAGAAGGCUGUCGCCAGCAUUCGGAAGAAAUAAAAGACUUCACCAGACAACAGAUACUUGGAAUAGACCUAGUAACCUCUAACAGUGAAUGUAUCAGAGUAUUUUAUGGAAAUAUCAGGGACAAAUUAACUAUUCAUAUAUCAUUUCUAAACUAUAUAUUGAAUACAAUAGUAAUGAUUUUCCAAAAAGCUGCUUUUAUACCAUUUUUCCAAUUUUUCAUGUUUUAUUAUAGUAUGAAGUCGGCAGAAUAUAUGUAGACAAACUAUUUUAUAUUACACAUAAAACACAAUUGCAUAGAUAUAGGCAUUGUACAGCAGCUGCAUUUUGCUAUUUUCUCUUUUUGUCAGAAUAGAGUGUACAGCUCCUAUUACAAUUCAGUUCUUUCUUAUGGGAACACAUACAAGUACAGUAUUCUGACUAAGGGGUAUAUUUACUAAAGGUUGGGUUUUUAAGUACACCAGUUCUCCGUGGUUUGGAGGGAUGGAUUUAAAAGGGAAAUAGUAAUGCAGACAAAAGCAUGCUUGUUUUGUGUGUAUUGCUAUUGCCCUUUUAAAUCCAGCUUCAAAGUCGAACUUUAGUAAAUUUACCCCAAAGAGUCCUAAAUGAAUGUAAAACGCGUAGAAACGGUAGCAGCUUGUUGCCUGCUGCCUCGAUGUGUGCUAUAUUAGUCGUUCCAAAUAUUCAGCCUUUCAGUUGAUUGAUUGAAAAUUAACUGGGUAACUUAUUACAAACUAGGCAGAAUCACAUAUUUUGGUUUUUUUUUUUCUUCCAUAGUAAAUAAAUGGGUUUUGAUUCUUACAUAUUUCAGCCUUUUUAACAAAAAAGUGUCCUUUCUCAUUAUUGCUUUGUUCUCAGAUUUCCACCAAUAAUAUAAAACAUUUAUUGGUGAUUUAUGUGUUUGUCAGAUUCAAGUGCUCUGUAAAGAUAUACUGUAUGUGUAUUUUUUAAUUAUAUUUACCAUAUCAUUCAUAUACUGUAUUGAGAAGCCAUGUGCGUAUCAUUGUGGGUUUGCUUCAACGUAUAAAUGAUUCGUCCUUAAA